AUGCCCCACUCCCACGCUGUUAUCUCUUUACUCUACCAGGAAUCGCGGGAGCAAAGGGAAGCAAGGAGUGGUUCAGGGGCAGCCCUUGGGCUCGUGUUGGUGCACCAAACGGUGACUCUAUUGAAGGGAGAGCUCGCCUUCGACUCAGAGCCCGGUGUUGGUGCUGCCACUGCUACUGCGGCGGAUGAGGCGGUGACGCGGGCGUGGGUGGAAGGGCUGCGAGUGCUGGUGGUGGACGACACGCCCGUCAACCUCCUCGUGGCCCGCCGCUCCCUCGCCCGCUGGGGUGCCCUCGUCACCACCGCUUCCUGUGGAGAGGAGGCGGUUGAGUUAAUCGCUGCUGGCUUGGUGGGGUUGAGAGCGGAGGAGGAGGAGAGUGGGCAGGAGGCACUUGGGGAAGAGGGAAGAAUGCAGCAGGAGGCAAGAGGGCAGCAGGAGGAGGACAGAGGGAAGGACAAGGCGAAAGGACAGCAGGAGGCGGGUGCAUCAUCAUUGCAUCAUGGCUUCGACUUGGUUCUCAUGGACCUGCAGAUGCCGGGCAUGGACGGCUUCGCAGCAGCAGCAGCCAUACGAGCUCUUGAGAGGAGGGUGAGGUUUGAAACCAUUUCACGGGCACAGCAAUUGCACCAGCAAAGGCAGCAGCAAACCCCUUCUGCUCUUUGCAUCCCUCUCCUAGAAACUUCAAAUCCUGCUGCUGCUGGCGCUGGUGUUGGUGCUCCUGCUGCUGCUGCUGCUGGUGAUGGUGGGUGGGUAGGGUCUCUGCAGGUGCCCAUAGUGGCCCUGACGGCAGAUGUGGAUCGCGGAGUGGUGGAGAGGUGUGCAGAGGGGGGGUUUGACGGUGUGCUGCAGAAGCCAGUGGAUGCCCACCUGCUCGCCGCCCACCUCUCCCAAAUGCAUUCCGGAAGGGCACUGCAGCGGAUUAUGUCACACCCCACUACUGUCAGUCACACCACAAACAGACACCAUCGAUGCAGCAGCCAAUGA